CCGGCGGCCCGACUCCACCCCAACUCUCUCUUCUCUUCUUCAACACACAGCCUAGCUCACUUGUUCUUCUUCUUUUCUCAUGAUUUGCAUUUGAGCGUCUUCUCACAAAUACGGCCCCAGCAUGUACACUCUCCCAAAAGGCAAGGCCGCCGUGCUAGCCAAGCAAGCUUCCGACGUAGUCAUCCUCUCUUCCCUCCGCACGCCGAUAUGCCGAUCCUACAAGGGCCAAUUGAAAGACGCAUACCCCGAGCAGCUGCUGGCCGCAGUUCUCGAGGCCACACGUAAAGCACUAUCGAACAUGGACCCGGCUGCCGUUGAAGACGUUGCUGUCGGCGUCGUCCUCUCGGAGCUGGGAGGCUCCAAGGCCGCUCGCAUGGCCCUCAACCACGUCGGAUAUCCCAACACAACAACCCUGCACACGGUCAACCGCGCAUGCGCUUCAAGUUUGCAGGCCGUCGCUGCCAUCACGGCGCAGAUUCGCACGGGUACCAUCUCGACAGGUAUCGCGGCCGGCAUGGAGAGCAUGACGCGCAACUACGGCAGCAGAGCCGUGCCCGUCGAUGUCUGGCCAGAGCUCAAGGAGUCCCCGAACAAGCACGCCCGCGACUGUAUCAUGCCCAUGGGCCUUACUUCAGAAAACGUGGCUAAGCGGUAUGGCGUGUCCCGAGCCGACCAGGACGAGUUUGCCGCGCAGUCGCAUCACCGAGCCUCGGCAGCCCGCGCGGCUGGCCACUUUGACGCGCAGAUUGUGCCAGUGACAACACCGUUUCAAGCGGUGGAUAAGCAGGGCCAGCCAGUCGGCGAUGUGCAGACCAUUACUGUGACGAGGGACGAUGGUGUCCGCGACUCCAUUAGCGCAGAGUCCAUGGCAAAGCUGAAGCCUGCGUUUGCUGCCGACGGGGCCUCGACGGCCGGCAACUCGAGUCAAGUGUCGGAUGGCGCUGCUGCGACACUGCUGAUGAGAAGAAGCACGGCGACCCAGCUUGGUCUAACAGAUAGUAUUAUUGGCAAAGUCGUGGCGGCUGUCACUGUGGGCUGUGAUCCGGACGAGAUGGGCAUUGGACCAGCGCUCGCUAUUCCAAAGUUGCUGAGCGAUGUUGGACUGAGUGUGGCAGAUAUCGACCGAUGGGAGAUUAACGAGGCGUUUGCGUCACAAGCGCUGUAUUGUGUGCGGGAACUGGGGCUCGAGAAUGCGAAUGUGAACCCAGAUGGAGGUGCUAUUGCGCUGGGUCAUCCACUGGGAGCAACGGGUGCGCGUAUGGUCUCUACACUCAUGCAUGGUAUGGGUAGAGAAGGCAAUGAGCUGGGUGUUGUUAGCAUGUGUGUUGGUACGGGUAUGGGAAGUGCAGCAUUAUUUGCUAGAGAGUGAGCAAAGGCAUUGUACAAUAGCACGUUCAGAGUAGAUAGAUUGGAAAAUUAUGUACACACGAACUGCAUACUAGGGGGGCAAGAGACAAUUAUAGACCGUUAAACAAGACGACAGAUGCUUCUGUUGAUCAUUU